UUCUUUCUUUCUCUCCCUCCUGCUUCUCUCUCUCUCUCUUUCCUCAAGACAUUGGAGGAAGCCAGACAGAGGAGGAGAAGGAGGUUUCCAAGGUGGCGGCCGGCGGCGGGAGGGCGACCCCGGGGCUCCCUUGGACGCUGGCCUCGGUGGAGGGGCCCGCAGCCACAAGGCGGGAAGCCCCCCGCGGAUAAGGAGAGAGAGAGGGAGAGGGAGAGAGCCAGCCCUCAGCCUCGGCCCCUUCGACGCCUUUGGAUUGCUUGGAGAGAGAGAGAGAGGAAAGAGGAAAGAGCCCUCAGGGGUCCCCCGCCUUCCUGACCAUGGCAGCCACCGAAGGUGCCAACAACAUGCCAAAGCAGGUAGAAGUGCGGAUGCAUGAAAGUCACCUGAGUCCAGUGGAGCCCCGGCAGAAGCACCUGUGUAUACGGCUUUGCCUAUCACUCAGAAAAAAUCUGCUCCUUUCACUUACUGUUUUUGGGGUCAUUAUGGGUGCAGUAUGUGGUGCCCUCCUUCGCAUGGCAGCACCUAUUAAUCCUGAUAUCAUCAUGUUGAUAGCCUUCCCAGGAGACAUCCUGAUGCGGAUGCUGAAAAUGUUGAUUCUCCCUUUAAUUAUCUCAAGUUUAAUCACAGGUCUGUCUGGCUUGGAUGCCAAGGCUAGUGGCCGAUUAGGGACAAGAGCCAUGGUCUACUACAUGUCCACAACUAUCAUUGCUGCUGUACUGGGAGUUAUUCUGGUCUUAGCCAUUCAUCCAGGCAAUCCAAAGCUGAAGAGGCAGCUGGGAGAGGGAAAGAAGAAUGACGAAGUAUCCAGUCUUGACGCUUUCUUGGAUCUCAUCAGAAAUCUCUUCCCUGAAAACCUUGUACAAGCAUGCUUUCAGCAGAUUCAAACAGUCACCAAGAAAGUGCUUGUCCCUCAAGAAAUUGAAGAACCAGACAAUGUUACAGAUUCUAUCUUUGCCAUGAUGAAUGAAACAGAAGUGACUCCAGAACCCCAGAUGGUCAUUAAGAAGGGCCUUGAGUUUAAGGAUGGAAUGAAUGUCUUAGGUCUCAUUGGGUUCUUCAUUGCUUUUGGUAUUGCAAUGGGCAAAAUGGGAGAACAAGCCAAGAUGAUGGUAGAUUUCUUCAAUAUCUUGAAUGAGAUUGUAAUGAAGUUAGUAACCAUGAUCAUGUGGUAUUCUCCACUGGGCAUUGCCUGUCUUAUCUGUGGAAAAAUCAUUGCAAUCAAGGACUUGGAAGUAGUUGCUAGGCAACUUGGGAUGUACAUGGUAACUGUCAUCGUAGGCCUUCUGAUCCAUGGAGGGAUCUUCUUGCCUUUGUUGUACUUUGUAAUAACAAGGAAAAAUCCCUUCUCCUUCUUUGCUGGUAUCUUCCAAGCAUGGAUUACUGCGUUAGGCACUGCUUCAAGUGCUGGUACAUUGCCAGUAACUUUUCGCUGCCUUGAAGAAAACUUGGGCAUUGAUAAACGUGUGACAAGAUUUGUCUUGCCGGUUGGUGCCACUAUUAAUAUGGAUGGGACUGCCCUUUAUGAAGCAGUGGCAGCUAUCUUCAUAGCACAAAUGAAUGGAAUUCAGUUGGAUGGUGGACAGAUAGUCACUGUCAGUCUGACAGCUACCCUUGCCAGUGUUGGUGCUGCAAGUAUACCCAGUGCAGGACUGGUGACCAUGCUUCUCAUCCUCACGGCAGUAGGUCUUCCCACACAGGACAUCAGCUUGCUUGUUGCUGUAGACUGGCUCUUAGAUCGAAUGAGAACAUCUGUUAAUGUAGUGGGAGACUCCUUUGGAGCUGGCAUUGUGUAUCACCUUUCCAAGGCAGAGCUGGAAAACAUUGAUGCCCAUCACAAAGGACAUGAAGAUAUUGAAAUGACCAAGACUCAGUCAAUUUAUGAUGACCUGAAAAACCACAGGGAGAACAACUCAAACCAGUGUGUUUAUACAGCUCACAACUCUGUCAUAAUAGAUGAGUGCAAGGUAACCUUGGCAACUAAUGGCAAAUCUGCAGACUUCAGUGCUGCUGAAGAAGAACCUUGGAAACAUGAGAAAUAAAGGAAGAACAAUCCAGGUCCAUCUUUAAUAAGCCUCAAACAUUUUCUUAUGGUAAAAGCUGGUCUCACGAUUCAAGUCAAUUUUCCAGAGUUUUCAUUUAGGAUAAAACCAUUUGCUUAUUUAAUGCUGUUAACUGCAACUUAGAAACAUUCUCAUAAAGUCAGUGUUCUUUUAGCGUCUUAGACAAAUAUUUCAUAAUCCUCUGUCUCGCUUGUGUUACCCUGUGAGUGGAUGUGACUGGAAAAUUCAAGAGUCAUAUUUUGUUGGGCUUCCUCUUUUCACUCCAGACAUAGAGAAUGUAGAUUCUCCAAAAGAGAAGGUUCAAAAUGCCACAGUAUUGAUGCCUAGCUUCAGGGACUCCAGCUAAGUAAUAAGCAUUAAGUAUCAUGUAAACCAUGCAGUAUUUGCAUUGCCUCUUCUCCUGCUGAAUGUGUCAACUAGCAUUUUGGUGCAUUUUAAAAACAGUUAGCACUACAGACAAUAAUAUAUUUUCACUGUAAAUGUUUUACAUGCGCUUUAUUAAUCUUUGGCAUAUGCACUUCUUACUUCCCUGUUCUUCAAGCUAUCUUCAGCCUGAUGGUCUCACAUUCUGAUGUGAAAUGUAUUGACUUCAUUCAUUCCACUUUUAGAUACACACACAGAUAGAUUUUUACUGUAACACCUCCUGGUUCCACUCCAGUUCUAUGACCCAUAGAUGUUUUUAAAUGUGAUGGUAUGGAAGUAUUUUUAAAUGUAAAGGUAUGAAAUAAUAAUUGCCAUUUUGGAAAGUCUACUUGUUACAACAUCACUUUUCCAAAUGAAUGAACAUUUCCUUGGACAGCAUGCUUAACCUGUUAAAAUGUAUUGUGUCCAUAGCUCUCAGCUCUGAUGAUUGUUAUGGAAUGUCAUGAGAACCUGGGAUUGUGGAGUUAUACAAAUGCCAUGUGAUUGUGAGAGAUAAUCCAUUAAAGGAAGCAUGCUGUUCAUAUGAGUAGCACAAUUCUGGUUAUAGCGGUUGGCACAAUUCCAAUUUUAUAUAGAAGUUAAAACUGGGCAUGCAUUUUUCUACAUUCAACAGCAUCAGAUCCUAGAGAAAUAGUAUUGUUACCAAUAUUAUUGAUACUCCUGCACAACUAGCACAGCAAAACAACCCUCAACUCUCAGCAUAUAUCAAAACGUUUGUUGAAACUUGGGGUGGGAGGAAUAAGGUGCUAUAUUUAAGGGAUGUUUGCCAGGAAAAUGUGAUCUUUCCUCUUCUAAUAAGAAACUUGUAUGUUUAACAAAUUUAAUAAUAUUUAACAUCUAGCAGAUAAUUUAUUUUUAUACUUUCAUUAAUACUGGAAAUGAAAGACUGAAGCAUAACACAGCAAGUCUGUCAAAGGCCAUAUUAUGCUUUGGUUUAAAGAAAAGACUUUGAGCCAGUAACAUGCAUUUAGAAUUGUAAAACAUUACCUUUUUAUUAACUGCUGUUCUAUCCAUACUGGAAUAAUUUGUAGAAAACCCAUCACAAAGGGUAUCUGUAAAUUAGAGCAGGGAAGAUUUACUUCUCGUUGCUGUUAAGUCUAGCCUGCAAAAUAACAGAAAGUAUUAUUUUUCACCUUGCUGUUGAGAUGGAAUACACAAAGCCAUGCUUCUCCCUUUAUGUUUGCAGCUAACAUGGCAAGUCUGUGGUGAGACUAGCCAUUUUGGAUAUGUCUCCUGUUUCUAUAUACUCCAUUAAUUUCCUUGAGCUCUUGAUAGGAAUACGCAAGAAUUUAAUUUCCACUAGGUUUGGGUCGAAAACAAAUUUGGGGUUUAAAAAAUGAGAACAGAGGAGAUAGAUUUGUCUUUCUAGGCAGAAAGAUUUGAGUGCUUACCUCUUCAAAGUCUGGGCUUUGAAUAUCCCUAUAUUUCAUCACAUUAGUGCUGAAUGAAGAUUGCCACAUUUUCCCAAAAAGUUUCUGAAAGACCAAUAGGCACAACAUGUCCCUUUGUAUGAUAGAAACCUGCUGAAUUUUGCUGCUGUAAAUGAGUGAUAGUUUUUGGUUCACUUUGUUUUUUUGAUGGAUUUCCUAAAAUUCAUAAACAUAAUAGAAGAGAGAAAACUAGAAAUAUGAAUAUGUGAGAAACUGAAACUGAGAGAGAGGAGGUGUAUAUGAAAGGUAUGUUCAGACACCUCAUUUCAAGAGUACCCCAACAAUCUGCUCCUGUGUACGCAUGAAGGACUAGUCUACAUGUUUAAAAUACUCCUCAUCCCAAUCAAAUAGAAUAUGAUCAAGCAACAUAUAAUUCAUGGGAAUUCAGGCUUUUUUCACCCCCCACCAAUCUUUAAAAUCUGCACAGAAAGUGUUUGCAGUUUUUACUAGCAUAUCCAAUGAAAUCAUCAUUAUUACAUUUGUGGCUGUCUGCCUGCUUUGCAUGCAUUUGGAUUGUUGUGCAUUUUCACCAGAGGGAGAGUGAAGAGAAGUGAACAGAUGUGAAUUUGCACAGAAAGUGAAGGCAAUUAACUCUCAAUGCAAAUGUGCAAAAAUGCACACCAAUUUACGUAGUACACUUACUUGUAGACUAGUCCUAAGAAGAAAGUGAAAAACAAAGCUCCGUUGCUUCCUAUAAGGCAUUUCCUUAAGGGAAAGGAAAGUACCUUUACAUGCUUUUUGUGGAUGACCAACAUUAUGUUUGAAUUCAACCAUCUACCUCUACUUGGCACCCAUUCAUGUUAACUUACCAUAAACAAGAAACCAUGGUGACUGCCCAUAAUUUUAUACUUACCUGUCUUUCAAAUUAACAAAGAAAGCUGAGAAAUGCAAGCUGCUGAGCUGUCAACCUGACUACCAUGCUCUGUGUUAGCAUUUUGAGAAACACUGAUUUAAAAUGACCCUCUGUUUAUUCCAAAUGAUUCUUCCAUUUGGAAAAUCAAUUGUCUCACUGAACCAGGGAGGCAUUUUAUAUACGUAAAUGUAGAAUUAGACUCCGUGAAUCAGUACACACAGAGUGAACACCCUUUGCAGGAUAUAUUGGAGAACAUCUUUUAUGUUCCAUAUCUCAGGGAAUUUCAAUCUAAGGAUAUUCCUUUUCCUAAAAUAUAAAAAACAGGGAGAGGAGAGCACCAAUUCUGCUGCAGGCUUGCACAUAUUUGCUAGAUACUUUAUUCUACUAUAUAACUCUGUUGUGAUGGCUGGUGAGCUUGACCAUACUAAACUCUUUCCAUUGUGGAAAACUGAAGAUCCUUAGCUAUCAUCUCAUAAUUUGCUUAUCUGAGUUGCUGAACUAUAAUAAUAUAACACAAUGCAAUAUAGUGGAGUUGGUACAUUUACCAUUUGACAGAACAGCACUUUUCAUGUGAAGCUGCUUGCCACUCAUACUAGUUAUGAAGUGCAUGCUGAACCUUUUCCUACUAGCCUGAGAUGUCCCACCACUCCAUAUUUAAUAUCUCUUUUAUUAGGCUGCAGUAUUUACAAAGAAGUACAUCAGGUUAACAGUAAUGAUCUCCACAACCUAUUUUCCCACAUGUCAUUUUUGCUUCCUGCCUGCACAGCCUAGAUAACUAUCCAGAGAAUCAAAUUAACAGGGGGGAAAUUCAUAUGUAGGAGAUGAUAUUGAAGACAGUAAAAAUUUAGUAUUAGCUCAAGCUUUGUUCCUGUAAGAGGAUGUGCUAGUUCUAGUGCUUUCUGCAAUGCAUUCAUACACUUUCAUUUCUGUCUCAUUCACUUGCUUGCAGCUAAAUGCUGUAAAAGGUAAGUGAAAAGAUGCUUCCAAUGAAUACCACCUUCUUGACUACUGUAUCAGUGCACCAAUGUGUUAGACAAGAGUGACCUUAUCCAGGUCCAGUUGGUUAGUCAUAGUAAUGAAAAGUUCCUUGCUGUUACUUCUUUUUUAUUCUUCAUUUAAAAGAAGUUAAUUUGAGCACUUCAAAAUCUAAAUCAACUGACUCAUGCUCUAGUCAAGGAAGAGUCCUGGUGUAGAAUACCUUGCAGGCAGAAUACAUUGCACUGUCUCCAUUUCUCACAUCACUGUUGUUUGAAAAGGGUGGGUCAGAUCAAUAUUAAAACAAAGCAGAACAAAGCAAUAGUCUGCCUAUUCCAUAUCUCUCACCCAAAGGCCCAACACUAACAUGACAUAGAAUGAGUGGCAUUCCCUAUUCUAUUGGUUUCUUUUGAUUUUUUUCAAAAAAAUUUUUUGCUGUUACACACCCGUGACGUCAGUAAUAUCAAACAUUAAAAAUAAUUGGAAAUUGCUCUUUUUAUUAAAAAAAAGAAAAAAAAAAGAAUGAGAAUUGUGUGGUUCAUGAGCUGCCGGCACUUUCAGGAGUGCCUGAGAUCUCCACUCAUUUCUCAAAAGUUCUGGCAUUCCUUUCCUUCUUCCCUCCAAAAAAUUGUUGAAAAUGUUCUUUUCCAGUGGAAAAAAAGAGCUAAGAAAUAUUUUUAAAACCCUUUCUAGAGCUGUACAAUCCUCUUCCAGGUGUGCAGGCUCUCUUUCUUGAAACAGUAAAGAACAAAACUCACACACACCCAACAAACAAAAAAACCCAUGACCAGAACAUCCCAGUAGGCAAUGGGGCAUGAUAUGUUGUUACUUCCUGAGUUCCCAAAUGGUGGCCACAUGUAUGUGAGGCAGGCCCCAACCCAUCCCCACUCUGUCCCCUUUUUUAGAACCUAGAUUCAGCUUUCAUACUUUGCUGUUAGGACUGCAUUUUCACGUUUGCUGUCAGUUUGACAUAAACAAGCUUGAGCCUCAACCGAAUACUAAUGCAUGAUUUAUCCAUUCAGAUGUGGUACAUCAAUACAUCCAUUUCAUUGCAUGUGCAGCUAAACCCAUUUUUGUGUUGCUACAAGCUUGUCUGUCAUAUCUAGAACAUAAUAAUAAAUUUGCUUUGAUUGUGAGUUAUAGUGCAACUAUUUAACCUCACUUUUCUUUUUCUUUUUUUCUUUUUGAAAUGGGCCAUCUUUAUAUUUGUAAGGAAUGGAAACAUGUUAAUAAGAUAAUUAUUUAAAAAAAACAACUAAAUGGAAGCAUCUAAGAAGCUGUUUCACAAUCUUUUGUUUUCAAGUAUUGUCAAGCAUCUUUGGAUGCAAUUCUGUGGCUCCAUAGGUUAUUGUAUCAUGUGUCAGAUUUCCCUCUCUGAGGGCAGGAAGAGGGGAUCACCUCUGGAAUAGAAAAUCUGGCACAAUAAACCUUCAUGAGAGUUCGGGUAUGAGAGAGGGUCAAAAGGAGGUGAGGCAGGAGAAGUUGCAGGUCCGUAGGAUCCAAGGCCCUCCUGUUCCCCUGACAUGUUUUUGGAAUGAGUGAAAAAUACAGCUGACCUCAAGCUGAAAAGAAUUAUUUCCUUCACACUGGAAUCAACAGGAGGAUAAAAUAAAUACAAAAGGGGGGAUUACUCCUUUAUGAAAAUAGGAUUCUUCUUUUCUGAACAUAGGAUUGCUCUCUUGCCCAACAAGUUUCAUUCCUUCCCAGCUCAGCCUACACUUUAAUAUUGUACCUCACCUGCAGAUACACACAUACGCACACACACACACACACACACACACACACACAUAUA